GCUAAGUUUAAAAAUAAAAACGAUAGUAUUCAGCUAUGUUUUUGGGAUCAUAAAGUUUUUAAUUCUAUGUUAUUUACUUAGAUUUGGGUGACAAUUCAACUAAUAAAAAAAUAGUUAAGAAGGCAAAAAUGUUAUCAAAGACAACCUUGGAUUGGUAAAAAAUAUAUAUUUUGGAUUAUUUUCUGUGCAUGUAUGCAUGAAAGGCUUUGAGGUUCACAUGGCAUUAGAUCUUUUGUUCUUGCUUCAUAGGAGGAGAGAAAAAAAAAAGAGAAGGGCGGAACUAUAGUUUUAGGAAAUGCAAUCAGUUGCGUUAGAUUUAGCGUCAGAUGCAUCAGACGGCAUUAAUCUGAUUUAGACUGGGACUUCCUGCACUUUCUUAUCGCUCAAGACCAAGAAGACUGAACAGAAGACUGUCUUUUGUUGUUGUUUUUUCUUCAAAUUAACCUAGACCACACCGCAACUAUUACAGACACCAAAUAAAGUUUAUUUGAGAAGGUGCCAGAAGUGAGGUUACGGUCCAGGCAAGCACUAAAAAGAGAAGGUGAGAUUUCUGAAGAUGGAGAAAGGAUCCCACACACAGGAAUCGGCUCCACCGUACCCUGGCCCUCCCAUGGAUUACGGCCAGCCAGCGAUGUACGCACCACCAACCUAUUCCACUCAACCAGGCUUCCCCACUCAACCAGGCUUCCCCACUCAACCAGGCUUCCCCACUCAACCAGGCUUCCCCACUCAACCAGGUGUCUCCGCUCCGCCAGGCUAUCCCGUUCAACAAGGCGUCUCCGCUCCACAAUGUUUCCCUGCUCAACCAGGUUUCUCUGCUCAACCAGGUUUCUCUGCUGCUCCUGCUGGACAACAUGGAGGUGUUGCUUAUGCUCCUCUACCUGUUCAACCAACAGUAACUCGCGUGGCGAUAUCAACUGCUCUAUAUGACGUUCCUGGACAGACAUUUUGUCCCCACUGCCAGGAAACUGUGAUCACCUCUACAGAGUCAGAAGCAGGAUUGUUGACCUGGCUUGUGUGUGGAGGAUUGUGCUUUGUGGGGUGCUGGCUUUGCUGCUGUAUCCCAUUCUGCCUUGAUUCCUGUAACGAUGUGAAGCAUUAUUGUCCAAGAUGCCAGCAGGUUCUCUACAUAUACAAACGGAUGUGAAACUCGUCCCACAAGGAACUGGGAAAAUAAGAGUUAACAUUUAGGUUGUCACAUGCCUUAUGCUGGAAAUUGUGAUUUUUUUUAUUUUUUUUUUGUCAAAUUGUAUGAAAUUGUUUUUCUGCUGAAAUGAAAAAAAAAAAAAAAAAGAUUUACAUCACAACAAAGAGACAACAACCAUACAUACACAGAUCCAUUCAUAAGAGUGUCCAUUUGACCUAACAAUCAUAUUUUUGGACUAUGGGAGGAAGUCGGGAGUACCCAGAAAGAACAAACCUGUGCUUUGAGGUGAAAAUGUAAACUCCAUGCAGACAGACCCAUUGCAGGGAUUCAAACUUUGGACUUUCUUGCUGUAAGGCAAUAGUAAUACCAACUGUAUUGUGCAGCCAUUAUCCCAAUAAUGUCUUCAAAUAAUGGUUGUGUGCAAACCUAU